AUGGUAAACUAUUAUGGAAUUGAGCCUAGAGGGGAUCACUACGCUUGCAUGAUUGAUCUACUUGGUAGGUGGGGUUUCCUCAAGGAAGCUGAAGAGUUCUUUGACAAACUAGAAGUUGAACCCAAUGCUAUGAUUUGGGUCAAUUUAUUGGGUGCUUGCAGAAUACAUGGGGAUGAAAAGAGGGGACAGAGAGCGGCUAAGAAACUUAUUGAGUUAGAACCCAGAAACUCUUCAUCAUAUUUUCCAGAGAGGCAGGGAAAGUGGAAAGCAACAACACGAUCAAGAGAGUUUUUGAAGUCCAUAAAACGAUAUUAUAGCAAUGCUUACACAAAUGGUGAAAAACAAGAUGCAAUAAACUUAUUUUCAGGUUACUUCCGACCACAUGAAGGGAAACCUGCUCUCUGGGAGCUGGAUUCAGAUUAUUAUCUCCAUGUAUCUGGGGUUGGGGAUGAUCUAAUUCCUGAGAAGUGUUCUGAACCGAAUCCUAAGCCUUCUGAAAGUGGUGGAAUAGUAUUCACCCCAAUACCAGCUUGCAGAGGAGACUUCUUACGGAUAAAGUUGACAUCAUUUGACAAGUUAAUUGAGAAGACCUGUAGUACAAUUAAAAAUGUAAGACUAUGCUCUGAACCUGAUCAGAGACCAGGUGGGAGUUCUGGAAACAGUGGAGCGGCACCUGAUGCAGCUGAGAUACAGAUAAAAAGCCCGAAUUGGCUUUUUGGCCAGAGAAAGUACGAAGAGGGUUCUUCUGCUGCAAAAGUAGCUUCUCAUGAAACUGACUUUGAAGGAUCUCAUGCUAAUGGAUUUUGUGAUUUGAAUUGGCUUUCUUCUGGCAGUGAUAUGAAUGAAGAGGAUGUUUUCCAAAGGUACCUUGCAAUGACUUCAGCAAAUGAGGCGAAUGGGUGGUAUGGAGGUAGUGUCCUCGGCAUUCAAGAUGAAAGCAGUGAGAUAUAUAAACAUUAUGCCGAGCUAUGUCAGAUAUGUACUUUAACCGGACCUGCCUUGGAACUUUUCCAAAAUGACUGUAAGAGGGAGCAACACUACGCAGAAGCUUUAAGCACGAAUUCAUAUGAAAUUGUUAAUGAUACUAGCGUUGUGGCAGAAAUGGAAGAAGCUCUAAAGGAGUAUGACCAAGUUGGUCCCAGAUCUUGUAAAUUCUUUGGCGGUGGUCCGAGUUGGCUUACAAGAUGGUUAACUGAAGAAGAAAAACUACAAAGGAUAUGAUGGGCUAUUAUUUUGACAUGUAUAAUUUGAACAUUUGUUUCUGUACUAUUUUAACUCGUAGUUCCCUGUACAACGUUGUCAGUUUUCUUAUCAAUGGUCAGGC